CGAGAAUGGAGAGGCAACGAGAAUUGGAGAAACAGAAAGAGCAAGAGAGGGAAAGACAGAGACAGUUGGAAAGGCAGAGAGAACUGGACAGGCAAAGGGAACUUGAGAGGCAACAAGAGUUGGAGAGACAACAGGAAAUUGAAAGACUGAGGGAGAUUGAAAGGCAAAAAGAGCUUGAAAGACAGAAUCAGAGAGAGCUGGAGAUUGAGAAAUGGAAGCGACAGAAAGCAGAGGAGAGAGAGACCAAGAAAGAGCUGGAAGAACUUGAGAGGAUCAAGGAGCUUGAGAGACAACAGCUUUUAGAUUUUGAGUUGCAGAGACAGCGGGAAAAGCAACUUCAGCAAGAGCAAGUGAAACAGAGAUCAAAAAAAGAGCGAGAAGACAGACAGAAGCAGUCUGAACGGCAGAGAGCAUCAGAAAGACAUUGGAUGGAGACAGAGCAAGAGAAGUCUAUGCCUACAUCUCCACUUCGGCCAAAAGUUCUAGAUCUGGAUGCGGUGUCUCUUGGUUUUAGGACUGGUCGAGACAGCCAUGAGAAUAGCCCCACCGCCCGAUGGAAGCAGCCCUCCCUUCAUCCUAAUGAGCUUUACAAACCUGGCAUUUUAGAUAUUGACUCAUUCAGGAGUCAAACCCAACCUGAUACCUUCUCUUCAACUGGAUUUGGAGGUUUAGAGUCAGGAAGUAUUGGUUCAUUAAUUCAAGCUCGUCCACAGGCCACACAACCAAAUGUUCUUCAACCCCAAUCAGCAUGUCAAGUUCAGUCUCCUCCUCAGUCCCAGUUUCAACCUCAGACCCAGGCUUUCUUCCAGCCCUCUCCAGCAGAACGAAUGAGAACUCAACUCCCACCACCUCUGCAACCUCAAAUUCUGCAUCAAACCCAACCUCACUCACUGCCGUUUGCUACAGAAAGAUCUAGGCCACAAACACACUCAUUGGUUGAGACCUUAGAUUGGACGUUUGUUGCUCAGCAGCCAAAUAAUGCUUGGGGACAUACUAAAGCAGAAUUGGCUGUAGAUGAGCCUCUUUGGGUAUCAGCCAUGGAAGGAUCCAGAAGACCAGUUAGCACCAGACCUGGUGGCCUUGAGCAGCAAUUCUUGCGCCAUGAGGACAGAGGUUCAAGUAACAUUUUUCCACCAAGUUCGACCUAUUCCACAAGUCCAGUCUUCACUCCGGUACUGCAUACCACUAUUUCACCACCCAUAGUUCCAACUCAAACUCCUAUGUCAACUGCACAAUCAAGUCUUGGACCAAUUCAAACUCCCGUGCCAACUGCACAGGCAGGUUUUGGACCUAUUCAAGCUCUUGUUCCGAUGGCACAACCACGUCCCUCUGUAGUCCCCGUACUGACCCCAGAGAAAUGCUGGACCUCAGACCCUUUAAAUGUGGGGUCAAAUGGAGCUUUGGUUCCUCCUCCCACAAAGCCAUUAUCUAAGAAAGAGACUUUAGUACCUAUUAGUCAGGCUACAGCCUUCUCUGUCACCGAUCCUACAUGGAGUCCAAACUGGGAGCUGGCAUCCCAGGGACAGAGAGAGAACCGUGCCUCAAACAAGGACAAAGUACAACAGAAACGUUCAAGGAGUAUGUGUCGAAGAUCUGCACCCACGGAAAGCUCUGCUGAUGGUCCGCUUACCACGUGA